GAUUGUUAUAGUAGCUGACUCAAACAUAUCUUAAAAACAUUCUAUUGACAACUAGUCUUUAAAAUGCCAAUGUAUGGAUAAAGGAUUUCUCAUAUCAGCCUCAAAACAAUGAACAUAUUGCUUCAAAGGAUACAUCUUUUAAAACAUUAAACAAUUAUGUUAAUCAGGAAACAUGAAAUUACCACACAAUUCCAUUAGAAGAAAACGCAUAAAACUAAAUACUCUGCAAUUUUUAGAAAUUAGUAAAACCCCUACGGAAGGUGUCCCAAUUGUAAAUAAGAAUAAAUAGUCAGCGAUGGAUGAUUUAGAGCCUGUUAUUGAAAAUAUUCUUUUAAGAAAAGGUUUUUGGAUGGCCUUAGAUAUUCUCAUUGGUAAUAAUUCGAGAAAAACAGAACGUGACGUCAUGCGUGAUGUCCGAUGCUGGGUUGAUAAAUUAAUGAAAAAAAGAAAUGCUAAACGCAUAGAUCACGAUGCCAUUUCAGAAACGUCCAGAAAAAACACUAAUAAACUCGGGGACGUCAAUAACUUGCAAGAAAGGAUUAAAAUUUUUUCCAAGGCAUCAAGUAUUUACCAAGUUUACUUCAGGUUUAGUCAACCAAAUGUCAAACCCCAAUUGGAAAAGCUAAUGGGGACGAAAGUAAUUUCUUUAACAGACAGAUCGUUUAUGAUAAAGUUACAGGAGCGGGUUUUAGAAGAAUAUAAAGCUAAUAUGGAGCAAAGAAUUGCUAAUCGGAAGAAACAAGAGUUAGAGAGAAUAAAAGGAUUAGUACUAGUAGGAAUUAUACCAACUUCUCACGCUCCAUCUCAAAUGGCUAACCAUCCAGUGGUGGUGAUAGAGCAAUACUGUAAUAAACUGGUCAAAGGAAAGCGGAAAAAGAUAAAGAAACCAUCAGCUCUUAUUCCGCAAAAUCUGUAUUAUGAUGAAAUUCCCGAUUUACCAUUCGAAAAUUCUACGGAAAAGGCUCACGCACUUAAUUCAACCACUGAACUGUGCUUGUGUCCAUUUGCUUUUCUGGAAUCAACCGAUAACGAUGCUUUUGAUAAUGAUAUGGUUCUUCCACAAGGAGAAUACGAUCGUUUGAAGUAUGAAAGCGAUGAACUCAAACAUUUACGCCGGUGUAAGUUUAGGUUUAGUCAACCAAAUGUCAAACCCCAAUUGGAAAAGCUAAUGGGGACGAAAGUAAUUUCUUUAACAGACAGAUCGUUUAUGAUAAAGUUACAGGAGCGGGUUUUAGAAGAAUAUAAAGCUAAUAUGGAGCAAAGAAUUGCUAAUCGGAAGAAACAAGAGUUAGAGAGAAUAAAAGGAUUAGUACUAGUAGGAAUUAUACCAACUUCUCACGCUCCAUCUCAAAUGGCUAACCAUCCAGUGGUGGUGAUAGAGCAAUACUGUAAUAAACUGGUCAAAGGAAAGCGGAAAAAGAUAAAGAAACCAUCAGCUCUUAUUCCGCAAAAUCUGUAUUAUGAUGAAAUUCCCGAUUUACCAUUCGAAAAUUCUACGGAAAAGGCUCACGCACUUAAUUCAACCACUGAACUGUGCUUGUGUCCAUUUGCUUUUCUGGAAUCAACCGAUAACGAUGCUUUUGAUAAUGAUAUGGUUCUUCCACAAGGAGAAUACGAUCGUUUGAAGUAUGAAAGCGAUGAACUCAAACAUUUACGCCGGUGUAAGACUGUCGAAGAAAUGUACCGCCUCGCAGAUGAGAUAAUAGGAAUCCUUUACACCGUGUAAUUUAUAGAAGUGCAAACUAAAAUGUGUUAUCUUUGUAUAUUUACCAUUAAUAAUAUAAAAAAUAGA